CUUCCGCAUGAUACUGUGCUGUAGUGUGAUACCUGUGCAGAUAUCACCGUGCAAGAUUUACAAUCGUUUAACAGAUUAUUUUUUUUUAUUGAGAUUUCGUUGGAUUUCCGUUGGGUUGAACCACCAGCAACACGUUCCAUGGCGGCGUCUCGCCAAUCGCUACGCGAGGACCUCUCAUGUCCCGUCUGUUACGAUGUUUUUAACGACCCGGUGGUUCUGUCCUGCGGUCACAGCUUCUGUAAGACCUGUAUAAAGAAGUGCUGGACUCAGAGUCCAGGUAGAGAAUGUCCAGUAUGUAGAAGACGCUCAUCAAAAGAAGAACCUGCACCUGAUCUGGCUCUGAGGAACACCUGUGAAUCUUAUCUACAGCAGAAGAAGAAAGAGGAAGGUUCUAGAUCACAGGGUGCUCUGUGUUCUCUACACUCUGAGAACCUUAAUCUGUUCUGUGUGGACGACGAGAAGCUGGUUUGUGGGAAAUGCAUCGCUGAAGAUCAUCAGAAUCACAGUUUCUGCUCCAUCGGUAAAGCUGCAGACUCUCGAAAGGAAACACUUCAGACCCAUCUAACCGCUUUGGAGAAGAAGCUUCAAAUGUUCAAAAAUGUUCGAGAAAUUAACGAUGAGGUGGCUGCCCAUAUUAAGUCCCAGUACCUGCAGACAGAGGAACAGAUAAAGGAGGAGUUUGAGAAGCUCCACCAGUUCCUCAGAACAGAGGAGGAGGUCCGAAUCUCCGCUCUGAGAGACGAAGAAGAGGAGAAGAGCCAGAGGAUGAAGAGGAGCCUCGAUGAGCUGGAUAAACAGAUAAAAGAGAUAAGAAUGAGAAUUAAAGAAACAGAGAAUAAACUGAAGGAUGAUGCCUCUUUUCUGAAGGACUUCAAGACAACAGCUGAAAGAGCUCAGUACACAGCGCCAGAUCCAAAACCUGAUUCAGGAGCUUUAAUAGAUGUGGCCAAACAUCUGCAGAACCUGAGAUACAGAGUGUGGGAGAGAAUGAAGAGCUACUGUCCAUACUAUCCGGUGGUUUUGGAUCCGAACACAGCAAACCCCUCCCUCAGUAUCUCAGCAAACCUGACUAGUGUCUCAACUUCUACUGAAGAACAUCAACUUCCAGAUAAUCCAGAGAGGAUGAGCGGUUAUAAAGGAGUUCUGGGUUCUGAAGGGUUCUCCUCAGGAACCCACAGCUGGGUGGUGGAUGUUGGAGGAAGUGAGAACUGGAUUCUAGGCGUGGCUGAAGAGUCCGUCAGCAGGAAGGAAAGUUGUCAAGCCGUCCCGGAGAACGGGUUCUACACUAUAUGGAGGCGGGAAAAUGAAAUCGUAGCUGGAAUGAGUGAUUCUGGAGAAAAAAUCGCAACAUCUCCGAAUAUCAGGAGAAUCUGUGUGACGUUUAAUUGGGAUAAACGUCAGAUCACGUUCUCCAACGCUGAGAAUAACAGAGCUUUAUACACCUUCAAACAUAAAUUCAAAAAGAAAAUGUACCCGUACUUCUACAACAACAGCAAAAACCCACUGAAAUUACAGCCUAUCCAGAUCUCAAUCACUGCCAGAAUCUAAAAAAACUCAGCAGCCAGAGUCAGAGAGAGAGAGAGAGAGAGAGAGAGAGAGAGAGAGAGAGAGAGUACAGUAGAUCAUGCUGCUUCUCCAUCAGCAGCCGGAGUCUGAGAGAGAGAGAGAGAGAGAGAGAGAGAGAGAGAGAGUACAGUAGAUCAUGCUGCUUCUCCAUCAGCAGCUGGAGUCUGAGAGAGAGAGAGAGAGAGAGAGAGAGAGAGAGUACAGUAGGUCAUGCUGCUUCUCCAUCAGCAGCCGGAGUCUGAGAGAGAGAGAGAGAGAGAGAGAGAGUACAGUAGGUCAUGCUGCUUCUCCAUCAGCAGCUGGAGUCUGAGAGAGAGAGAGAGAGAGAGAGAGAGAGAGAGAGAGAGUACAGUAGGUCAUGCUGCUUCUCCAUCAGCAGCCGGAGUCUGAGAGAGAGAGAGAGAGAGAGAGAGAGAGAGAGAGAGAGAGAGAGAGAGAGAGUACAGUAGGUCAUGCUGCUUCUCCAUCAGCAGCCGGAGUCUGAGAGAGAGAGAGAGAGAGAGAGAGAGAGAGAGAGAGAGAGAGAGAGUACAGUAGGUCAUGCUGCUUCUCCAUCAGCAGCCGGAGUCUGAGAGAGAGAGAGAGAGAGAGUACAGUAGUGAAGAUUAUAUUACAGUUAGAUUUAAUUGCAAACACUAACGAUAUAAAUAGGAAUAUUCAGAGUGAUUAAAGUUUAUGUGGGAGGGAUGUUUAGAUAUUUUGAUGUUUUAAACUGAGAGUUUUUGUGAAAAUAAAUAAAAUGCUGGAUUUCAUCACAUGA